AUGGCUGAAUCUCAUAUUCAAUUUGAGGAUGCCCUUGAGCCUGUGCAAUCACGAAGCGGCAAUGUCUCUGUGCACUCGCAGAGUGGUGGUGUCUACCCGCUACGAAGUAGAGAACCUGCAGGAGUCGGUAGCAUUCGCGCCAGCAGUGUCUUCCAUGGAACGAAGCUUCUAUGGCUUGCAUACCAAUCCGUCGGUGUCAUCUAUGGUGAUAUUGGCACCAGCCCCUUAUAUGUAUAUUCUUCGACUUUCACGGCAGAUCCCAGCUACGACGACCUUCUCGGCGCGCUAUCCUUGAUCAUAUGGAGUCUUACACUCAUUGUCAGCAUCAAAUACUGCCUUAUCAUCCUCCGCGCCGACGACGAAGGUGAAGGUGGCACAUUUGCUCUCUUCACUCUUCUGUCGAGGUACGCCAAUAUUGUCCGUCGGGACCCUCGUGAAGAGCAGAUGAUAAGGAUGGAACGCCACCUCACCGGGGAGCUAGGCAAACCAGCGCAAAGGGCGCGGAACCUUAUGGAGCGCUCCCGCCUCAUGCAGUGGCUGUUGAAGAUUGUCGGCGUAUUUGGCGUUGCACUGGUCAUGUCUGAUGGUGUCUUGACUCCUGCACAAUCGGUCCUCGGUGCCAUUCAAGGCAUCGAGGUCGCAUCUCCAGGCAUCACAAAGCCCACCAUCAUUGGCGUCUCAUGCGCCAUCCUUAUCUUACUCUUCCUGCUACAGCCACUCGGAAUCACCAAGCUUGCGAGCAGUUUCGCCCCGAUAGUCAUUAUUUGGCUGCUAUUCAAUGCUUCCUUUGGAAUCUUCAACCUUGUCAAGCAUGAUACAGCUGUACUCAAAGCAUUCUCUCCUUACUUUGCCGGAGCCUAUCUUGUGCGAAACAGAACAGAGGGCUGGAAGAGUCUGGGAGGAAUCCUGCUCGCCUUCACCGGGUGUGAGGCGCUCUUCGCCGAUCUUGGUGCCUUUACCAGACAGGCGGUGCAGAUAUCAUGGUUUUUCUUUGCUUAUCCUUGCUUGUUGUUGGGAUAUAUCGGUCAAGUCGCCUAUAUAUCUCAUGAUCGCACCGCUUGGACGAAUCCAUUUUACAACUGUGUACCGCCUGGGUGUUUUUGGCCGUCGCUCGUGGUCGCCGUUCUCGCUGCCAUUGUCGCCAGUCAAGCGAUGAUCACCGCAGUCUUCCAACUCUUGUCUCAGAUCAUGAAGCUGUCAUACUUUCCGCAGAUCAAGGCUGUGCACACCUCAAAGAUAUUCCACGGUCAGAUCUACAUACCAGUGGCAAACUGGCUCCUGAUGGUCGGCACGGUCAUUGUGACUGCGGUAUACAACAACACCACAAACCUGGGACAUGCCUACGGCGUCUGUGUCAUUCUUGUGACAUUCUUGUCAACUUGCAUGGUCGCCAUCGUGGCAUUAAUAGUUUGGAAGGUGCCGGCAAUCGUCAUUGGAUGCGUGUGGCUAAUUUUUGCCCUUUUUGAUGGUUUGUUCCUCUCAUCUGCACUGACCAAGGUUCCGCAAGGGGCGUGGUUCACGCUUGCCCUCGCAGUGGUGCUCUCCUGCAUUUUUGUUCUCUGGCGGUUCGGAAAGGAGCAACAGUGGCGUGCUGAAGCCACCGACCGCUUCCCUCCUUCACACAUGCUCUCUGCCACAAAGAACGGCGGUGUCCACAGCCGUAGACUGCGGCUUCUCCCCGCGUUUGGAGGACAGGAGAUUACUCGCAUCGAUGGUAUUGGCAUUUUCUUCGACAAGGCGGGUGCUCCGUCCACCACUCCCACAGUGUUCAUCCACUUUCUUCAGAAAUUCCACGCCGCGUCAGACGUCAUUAUCUUCUUUCACCUCCGGCCUUUGGAGGUUCCGACCGUCGCCCCUGAAGAGCGAUACGCAGUGAGCCAAUGCUAUAUUGGCAGGGAUGGCAACAGCAAGUUUCCGAUGCCAGAUUGCUAUCGCGUUAUAAUUCGGCAUGGGUACAACGACGAAGUCAUUACUGAAAAUCUAGGACUCCUGCUCUACGAACAGGUGCGCGAUUAUAUCAUCCGGGAGGGCAGCAGGGUUGAUCCAGGGAAUGAGAAGAGUUUGGACGACACAAAGGACACUGUGGUUCAGGCAAAGCCGGUCGAAUCGGGGCGGCCAUCGUUGGAGCAAUCCAAAAUUUCCGAGAAACUAGCAGACCUGCAACUUGCGUACUCAAGCCAGGUAGUCUAUAUCAUUGGCAAGGAGCAAAUGCGCAUCAGACCAGGAACAAACGUGGUCCGGAGAGCGCUAUUGGAGCUUUUCCUAUGGAUCAGGGAAAACACGAGGACCAAGGUACAGGCGUUGAAUGUUGCCAUAGACCGGCUUGUGGAGGUCGGCUUCGUGAAGGAAGUAUGA